UCCCGGUCGGCGCGGCGCGCGCACCCGCGGACACACACGCAGAUACAGACGGAGACCGAGACCUAGAGUUCCACAGAGAUCCGCAAAGAUCCAUGUCCGCGCGGGCCGCCGGCCUGCCCGCGCACCCCGCCGCGCUGAGCUCCACCCCCCGCCAGGACGAAGAUCGGGAAAGCCUCAGUGCGGCGUUCGCUUCGAUUGUGAAGCUGAUGAGAGGCGUCUCAAAGGAAUGCGAGAAGUACUAUGGUGCUAUUGCAGUCAACAAGUGCAAAGAGAAUGAAAUCCAACACUUCUGCAAAUACCACAGCAAGUCAAUAGAAAGAGAGACGGAUUCCACAGAAGGAAAGAGGACUAAAGGUUCUAGAAAAUGCAGCAAAGCUCAAACUUACCAGCAAAGGCCCAGAACAUCUUCCAAAGACUUCUACAUUGAAGUUUCUCCUGGCACCUAUUCUGUCACAGCAAUCUCAGAAGACAUGGUGGAACAAACCCAUGUAGUAGAUAUCAAUGCAGGACAAACUAUUGAUGUGACUUUUACUCUGUGAUAUUUGUUGUUUCCUGGCAAUAGCAGAAAUAAAGCAUAAGCCUCUUUUUAAUGCAUAUCAUGAACUAUAAAUAUCCUUUUCUUGUUAGCACUUUAAUAGUAGCUUCCUCUUUGGGACUCCAUUUUUAUGGCCUGUAUAUUUGUUUUCUACUUACUGCUAUUAUAUGCAGCCCACUUUGUACACUGAUUUUUAUAUAUAUUUGUACAUUGUGUGCCUUUUAAAUCCAAUUAUGUGACUGUGUAAUUCCAGAUUCUUCUGCUCUAAACAAUUAAAGAUACAAUCAGUGAAACUAAA